AUGUCCUCCAUAAUAGAUUCCUCCGCCAUAUUCUCUGUGGCCCAAAAACUGCUCGCGACUGCGAAGCCAUGGGCCACCAUCCCCUUCUUGGGCCCUGCGGUCUAUCUGAUUACAGUGGCGCUACUCCGCAACAGAAGGAUAAAGAAGAACGUAAAGAAAUUCAACUACACGACUCGACAGUCGAUGGCCCGGAUGAGUGAUGAUGACGCAUGGAACAUUCUCCUAGACGCUGGCCAGAUGGAGUUCCCCUUCACUUAUCUUAAGGCGCUGCAAUUCGCUUUAUUUAGGACCUAUGGAAUCCCCACCAUCUCCAAAACCCUGGUGCAAACCGGCCAAUUUGCCAAACCUGAAUUCUCGAUGAAACGGUAUGCGGAUACAUCUGUGCUGAUUGCAGAGUUCGUGGGCAACCCCCCUUCUUCAGAACGUGGUAAAGCGGCAAUCGCCCGCAUGAACUACCUCCACCACGGGUAUAGAAUGUCCGGGAAAAUCCUCGAUGACGACAUGCUCUAUACUCUAAGUCUGUUCGCACUAGAGCCAAUUCGCUGGAUCAACAGGUACGAGUGGCGCCAGGCUUCUGAUCUCGAAGUGUGUGCUAUUGGCACCUUCUGGAAGAGCGUAGGAGAUGCUAUGGAAAUUAGUUUCGAGAAUCUACCAUCGUCCAAAACAGGGUUCAAGGAUGGUAUCCAAUUUUGGGAAGAACUCAGAGUGUGGAGCGAGGGUUACGAGGAGAGAGCUAUGAUUCCCAGUGACUGGAACAAGAAGAAUGCCGACCAGACUGUCGCAGUUCUCCUGUGGGAUUAUCCUGCUUUAAUGAGACCUCUGGCUCGGAAUAUGGUGGUUUAUAUGAUGGAUGACCGCCUGCGGGAGGCGAUGCUGUACGAGAAGCCGCAUGCCCUAUACAAAAUUGCCUUUGCUGCAGCUUUCAAGCUUCGAAAAUGGUUUCUCCGUUACCUCUCCCUUCCCCGUCCGGAGUUCAUGCGGUUCCACCGCAUCGCUCCAGGCACCAGUUCAGAAGCUCGUUAUUGUUUACGCAACUGGGAAGGAGCACCAUUCUACAUCGAACCAACCUUCAUGAAUCGGUGGGGGCUUCGUGCAUGGUACACAUGGCUUCGGGGGAUGCCACUUCCGGGUGACAACCCCGAACAUUGCCCGAACGGAUAUUAUCUCCCUGACGUCGGGCCAAAGAAAUUCGAGGGCAAGGGGCAUGACCAGGUCAAGAAGACAAUGGAGCGGUUACAUACAGAACGAACCGGCCAGUGUCCAUUCCUUUUCAAAUAA